AUGAAUAGACGAUUUGCUGUGGACGAGAGGGAAAAAAAGAUGAAGGCUCAUAUCAUUGUGCUUCUCUGUACAGUAGCCGGAUGUGCUUGUGACGUCAUGAGAACGGUGUACUGUAAAAACUUGUGUACGGACUAUUUGGCUGUCCCGGAAGAUUCGAUGCCACUCUGCUCAGCUCAACAUCUGAAAAUGCUCGAAUGUGGGACAGUGAUUACCUGCGAUUGGGCUGAAGCGGAAAAGGAUAAAAUGCGACCGGUAGCAAAUUCGACCGACAUAUUGUGCUGUUAUCGGACUACAAUUAAAGAAAAAGGCGAUUGUGCAGAGCCUGUGAUAUCUCAUGCGAUAGCAGAUCAGCAAACGGUGAAUGUUCAGCCUAUCACCGAUCCAUGCCCAUACCAUUUCGCUCCAUGGUUACUAUGCAUCGCUCUACUACUUGUAAUAGCUGUUCAGGCAGGCUACAUAGUCAAAUUGAGCAUCAAUGCUGCGGCUCAUCAAAAAAUCACUCAAAUUGACGACACCAUUUAUCCACAGUCGGUCAUAUCUCGUCCACUUGUGGACACAAAUCUUCUCAGCAGAUCCGCCGUACACGAAUAA